UUUCUCGUUUGUCUGAUACAGAAGACUGCCACCGCCAUCUCUCUCUCUCCACCGCACCUUUCCUUCUCCUUUCCGCCCCCAAAUGGCGAAGCUUCGUAAGUCCCUCGUCGCCGGAGGAUGGCUCAACCUUCCAUCCUGCCUCCGGCCAUGACUGAGUUUGGGGGCCUCCUCCUUGCUCUUUCCUCUCCUCUUAUCGAUCUGCUGCUUCUAGCCUCCCUUUAGGUUUGUUCUGUGGUCGCGGCGCCGAUGAACAUCUACGAGGCGGCGCUUGGGGGCCCUCGCCCUUUCACGGAGGCUCAGUGGCAAGAGCUGGAGCACCAGGCGUUGAUCUUGAAGUAUCUGAUAGCAGGCAUGCCUGUGCCGCCGGAGCUCAUCGUUCCCAUUCGGAGAAGAUUCGAGGCUUUGGACGGACGAUAUUAUCACCCUUCUCUGAGUUACUAUUCCUACUAUGGAAAGAAACCAGACCCAGAACCAGGGCGGUGUCGUCGAACUGAUGGAAAGAAGUGGCGCUGCUCUAAGGAUGCAUAUCCUGGCUCCAAGUAUUGUGAGCGUCACAUGCACCGUGGUCGCAACCGUUCAAGAAAGCCUGUGGAAUCACAAACUGUCUCCCAAACUCAGAAUACCUCAUCAACUUUGACAUCCCUUUCUCCCUCCAGUAACAAUGCAAGUGGGAGUGGUCUUAGGAACCUUCAGAACAUCACCAUGCAUUCGACUGCUGGUCCAGUUACUCAUAGUCCAUGCAUCAGUGUUACCAGCUCAACUCAGCUGCCAUUGGGCACUGGCACCGUGAGUAAUAGGUACGUUGCUGGUCUUAGAGCUGAUGUGGAUGAACACAGCCUCUUUACAGAAGCCUCUGACAGUGCAAGGGUCCCUGGGGUGGACUUAUCGGCUGACAACUCAUGGCAGUCGACGCGGUUGACAUCACGGUCACCCACAUUUUCUCUGUCAAAAUUGCAGGAUUCUUCUCUUCUGCAGAAUGCGUACCCUCAACUUCAGUCACUGCAAAAUAUUGGCCAAGUUACCCUCCCCUCACUAUCUCGACAACGCCAAGUUCAUUCUUUAUUUGGAAGUGAUUUCAGUUUAACAGAGUCUGCAAAACACGAAACUCAGUCCCUCAGACCCUUUUUUGAAGAAUGGCCCAAAGCAAGGGAUUCUUGGCCAGACCUGGAGGAAGGUAGAUCAAACCGGGCCUCAUUUUCCACGACCCAGCUCUCCAUGUCAUUUCCAAUGACCUCACCCAACUUCACCAGCAUCUCUUCCAGAUCACCUAAUGGUGGGUUUCAUUCCCCAACCAUGUUUGCACUGCAGAAUAGUUUACAGAUAAGUAUGUUCUUUUUUUUUUCUUCUCAUAUCCCUUAUUCUGUAAUUUUACUUCUCCAGAAGAUUGAGAGGGAGGGUAUCUUGAACACCUCCAGUCCACUGAAUCUACGAAGAGCAUCUGUUUGGUAUUAUCUGAGAUUUUAAGCAGUGUAAUCAACCAUAUACUUGAGCUGGGAACUCUUAUUCUGUGCUAUUAUCUUGCACUGUAAUAUUCCAGGAAACUGGGUGCAAGAAAUUUUGUAACUAGUUAGACAGUUAUUCACUUCCAAGCUUGUUUCUGAGAAUUAAACCCAAUGGUGCCUUUUUUA